AGUUGCAACCAGCCAUUGCCGGGGUGGCUUCCUGCUUACUCGCCUCCCCUCCUUUCCGUUGCUGCCUUUGCAGAACCUUCCCGAGGGCGCAGUUUUCGAGGUAGCAGUGGCGGCAGUGGCAGCAGCAGCAUUCACAUACAUACAGACCCUUCCCUUCCCACCUCGCUUCGGUCGCCAUGAAUCCCAGCUGCGCCCGCUGCGGCAAAAUCGUCUACCCAACCGAGAAGGUGAACUGCCUCGACAAGUACUGGCAUAAAGCAUGUUUUCAUUGCGAAGUCUGCAAGAUGACUCUCAACAUGAAAAACUACAAGGGCUAUGAGAAGAAGCCAUACUGCAAUGCACAUUAUCCAAAGCAGUCCUUCACUAUGGUGGCUGAUACUCCAGAGAACCUGCGCCUUAAGCAGCAGAGUGAACUUCAGAGUCAAGUCCGCUAUAAGGAGGAAUUUGAAAAGAAUAAAGGGAAAGGCUUUAGUGUGGUGGCCGACACACCUGAACUACAGCGAAUCAAAAAAACUCAAGAUCAAAUCAGCAAUAUAAAAUACCAUGCAGAAUUUGAGAAGAGCAAGAUGGGUGCUCCUGGAGGGGAGGAAGGGGAGCUGGAGCUCCGUAAUUCCCAAGAAGGUGCCAAUUACAGGAGAACAGUUGAGCAGCCGCCUCCAUCACAUCAGCAACCUCAUCAUGCCCAGCCAAGUAACCUUGGUAAUGAGCAGGAGGAAAGAGAGAUUGUUGUUUACCAUCAGCAGUCACCACAACAACCAGCCUCUCAGUCCUGUGGCGAUAAGGAACCAGCAGCACCAGUCUCAAUACAGCAUAGUGUCCCAACUGGAGGAGGAAAACGGUUCCGUGCAGUCUAUGAUUACAGUGCAGCCGAUGAAGAUGAGGUCUCCUUCCAGGAUGGUGACACCAUAAUCAAUGUGCAGCAAAUUGAUGAUGGUUGGAUGUACGGCACCGUUGAGCGGACCGGUGACACAGGAAUGCUUCCAGCUAACUACGUGGAGGCUAUCUGAGCUCUGUUGUGCUACCCUGAAAGCCAGUAGGGAAAGGGCUCUUUGAGGGUUUUGUUCCAUUAUUACUUCUCUGCUGUCUCUUAUUACUCAUCACUUAUUAUGUUCUGAAUAUUUGACUAGGUCAUUUUUUCCUACCAACUUAACCUUGUUUUGGAGGCAUUUGAACUUGAGAGGGAUAUUAUGUGAGAGUUUUCACAAAUGCUAAUUGUCUUUCCAUCCUUUCCCUUAGCCUUCAUGGAAUAUAGCACUGUGUCCCUCUCCCUCUCUCUGGAGCUGUAUUUUUGGGAAUUGAUACGUAAUAAUAUAAACCCUAAUUCAACUGCUACAUGGACCAGGAAGUAACAUAGGUAAAAAAGGUAAAGGUUUCCCUGCCCAGUUGUGUCCUACUCUAGGGCACGGUGCUCAUCUCUGUUUCUUGGCCGAGGGAGCUAGCAUUGUCCAAAGACAUUUUCCGUGGUCAUGUGGCCA